UUUGGCCACAUACACGGCCAGCAAGCAAGCCGUGAGUAACCUCUUCCCUUUUUCCCCCCGAUCCCGUUCAUAUGGUGCGUUGACGUUUAAAAGUGGAGCUAUCAUGGCGGAGCUCGUUCAGCAGCCCCCGGCCAAACGCCUCUGCUAUAGACCGGGAUACAGCUCGACAUAUCGGCUUGGCCAGCGGGCCGCGGGGGCUCCGUGCGGCGGUUCCGCUGCAGCGCAGGGCGCAUCGUGCGCAACCCAAAGCCCGGAGACUCUGCUGGACAUCUCGGCGCGGAGAGUGGCGGAGAAGUGGCCGUUUCAGCGGGUGGAGGAGUGCUUUGAGAGGAUCCCGGAGCCCGUGCAGAGGCGGAUAGUGUAUUGGUCUUUCCCGAGGAGCGAGAGGGAGAUCUGCAUGUACUCGUCGUUUAAUAGCUCCAUCGGCGGUGUUGGUGGCGGCAGCGCGGAGGAGUGCGCAGGUAGUAGCGGGGAGAUCGGCGACGAAACUCGGCUGCCGUUCCGACGGGGCAUCGGUCUCCUGGAGAGUGGCUGCGUGGAUAAUGUGCUGCAAGUCGGGUUUCACCUCAGCGGCACAGUAAGGGAACCGGCGACGUCCUCGGAGCCCGAGCUGGUCUGCAACGUGAGCGUCAGCUUCGACCGAUGUAAGAUCACAGCGGUAACGUGCAGCUGUGGCAACAAGGACAUCUUCUACUGCGCCCACGUGGUGGCGCUCUCGCUGUACCGGGUGCGGAAGCCCGAGCAGGUCAAACUGCGGCUUCCCAUCUCAGAGACGCUUUUCCAGAUGAACAGAGAUCAGCUGCAGAAGUUUGUUCAGUACCUGAUCACGGUCCAUCACACCGAGGUGCUGCCGACCGCACAGAAACUGGCCGAUGAAAUACUGUCGCAAAACUCUGAGAUCAACCAGGUGCACGGAGCUCCGGAUCCGACGGCGGGGGCGAGCGUGGACGACGAGAACUGCUGGCAUCUAGACGAGGAGCAAGUUCAGGAACAGGUCAAGCUCUUUCUCUCCCAGGGCGGGUACCAUGGCUCGGGGAAGCAGCUCAACUUACUGUUCAGCAAGGUGAGGGAAAUGCUGAAGAUGAGGGACUCGAACGGCGCUCGCAUGUUAACGCUGAUCACAGACCAGUUCAUGGGCGACCCCAGACUGGCGCUGUGGAGGCAACAAGGGACCACAAUGACUGACAAGUACAGGCAGCUGUGGGACGAACUAGGAGCCCUGUGGAUGUGCAUCGUGCUGAACCCUCACUGUAAACCCGAGCAGAAGAGUUUCUGGCUCCGACAGCUUCGCAGGUGGAACGGCGUGGACGUCUGCCCCUUGGAGGACGGUAACCAUGGCAGCGAGCUGACCAAUCUGACCAACGCUCUGCCCCAGGGCCCUCCUGGCAACCCAGAUUCACUGACUCGGCCUCACCGGACGGUCUUCACGCGAGCGAUCGAGGCCUGCGACCUGCACUGGCUGGACCCCCACCUGCAGCACAUCAUCACCGAGGACCACUACACCAACUACUGUUACCAUGACAACCUCGACAGCUCCCUCUUCGACCCCCGGGGUUGGCCGCUGUGGCACGAGCACGUCCCGACGGCGUGCGCACGAGUGGACGCGCUCAGAUCGCACGGUUACCCCAAGGAGGCGCUCAGGCUCGCCAUCGCAAUAGUCAACACGCUGCGGAGGCAACAGCAGAAGCAGCUGGAGUUCUUCCGCACGCACAAAAAAGAGCUGCUCCAUAAAGGCGUCACCUCAAUUACCAACAUGGAGGGCUGGGUGGGUCACCCUCUGGAUCCCAUCGGCACCCUGUUCAGCACCCUGAUGGAGACGGGGCGAAGCAUCGAUGACGGAACCGCGGUGCUGCUCGACUUCUCAGGCUCGCUGGGUUCAGGUAGAAGGUCGGAGCACGGCAUUUGCCCGGCGCAGCGCUUCCUGGAAGAAGGCGAGUCGUUCAUGUCGCUCGCCAUAGAGACGUCUCUGAUUGGCUUAGGGCAGCAGAGAGUGAUGCCAGACGGCCUCUACGCCCAGGAGAAGGUGUGUCGCAACGAAGAGCAGCUACUGGCCAAGCUGCAGGAAGUGGAGUUAAGCGACAUGUUGGUGAAGAUCUUCCGCAAGCAAGCUGUUUUCCUGCUCGAGGCUGGUCCUUACAGUGGUCUGGGGGAGUUAAUCUACAGAGAAAGCGUCCCCAUGCACACUUUUGCCAAGUAUCUCUUCACCUCCCUGCUACCUCAUGACGCCGAACUGGCGUAUAAAAUUGCACUGAGGGCCAUGAGGCUGCCGGUCCUGGAGUCCACGGCCGGCUCUGGCGACUUGUCUCGUCCUCACCAUAUAGUGUCAGUGGUGCCCAAUCGUUACCCUCGCUGGUUCACUCUCAGCCACAUAGAGUCCCAGCAGUGUGAACUGGCCUCCACCAUGCUCACUGCUGCUAAAGGUGACGCUCGUAAACUAGAAGUAGUGUUAGAGUCCAUCCAGAAGAACAUCCACUCCUCAUCUCAUAUUUUCAAACUGGCCCAGGAUGCCUUCAAAAUCGCCACUCUAAUGGACAGUCUGCUGGAUAUCACACUGCUCAAAGUCUCCCUGGAGCUGGGCCUUCAGGUGAUGAGAAUGACUCUGUCUACCUUAAACUGGCGGAGAAGAGAGAUGGUGCGAUGGUUGGUCACGUGUGCGACAGAAGUUGGUGUGUUCGCGUUGGACAGCAUCAUGCAGAGCUGGUUCACCCUCUUCUCUCCCACCGAAGCCACCAGCGUCGUGGCCAGCACCGUCAUGUCCAACAGCACCAUCGUCCGCCUGCACCUGGACUGCCACCAGCAGGAGAACCUGGCCAACUCCGCCCGCACCCUGGCCCUGCAGUGCGCCAUGAAGGACCCCCAGAACUGUGCCCUGUCGGCUCUGACGCUCUGCGAGAAGGACCACAUUGCCUUCGAGACAGCCUAUCAGAUUGUACUGGACGCGGCCUCCACGGGAAUGAACUACACACAGCUGUUUACAAUAGCGCGCUACAUGGAGCACCGUGGUUACCCCAUGAGGGCAUACAAACUAGCAACGUUAGCCAUGACUCACCUGAACCUCAGCUACAACCAAGACACGCACCCGGCCAUCAACGAUGUCCUGUGGGCGUGUGCUCUCAGCCACUCGCUGGGGAAAAACGAACUAGCGUCCGUCAUCCCCCUGGUGGUGAAAAGCGUGAAGUGCGCCACCGUGUUGUCGGACAUUCUGCGGCGGUGCACGUUAACAACGCCGGGGAUGGUGGCGCUGCACAGUCGCAGGAACUCUGGGAAGCUAAUGUCUCUGGACAAGGCUCCACUCAGGCAGCUACUGGACGCCACGAUCGGGGCUUACAUCAACACGACGCACUCACGGCUGACGCACAUCAGCCCGCGCCACUACAGUGAGUUCAUCGAGUUCCUCAGCAAAGCCAGAGAGACAUUUCUGAUGGCGCACGACGGACACAUCCAGUUCACGCAGUUCAUAGACAACCUGAAACAGAUUUACAAGGGCAAAAAGAAACUCAUGAUGCUCGUUCGAGAGAGAUUUGGUUGA